GUUCUGCCAUUGCGUUUUCCAACUGCACAUCAAUAUGAAAUUUCUUUCCACAAUUUUAAUUUUGUCUUGUAUUCCACUUAUUCAAUGCUGGAGUUGUGGAGAGGGUAAGAUCACAGAAGGACUCGCAUGGAUCAUUGCUUUGCCAACGGAGACUAAAAGCAUCAACAAAUGUUGUGAAGACCAUGAUCGUCGAUACGAUAACUUUUGUUCUGGAAUCGGGUCAAUACCUUUAAAAACUGCUGACUUUCUCUUUGAAAGAUGCCUGGAAAACACAAACAACAGAUAUGCACGAUUUGUUGUAAAGCCUUUGUUUACUGCAGCAAUCCAAUUGAAUUCUUGGUGGAAAAAAAUUACCAAUAAUUUUUGCUGAUUUUUACCCAUUCUGUGAAGUUUGAGUAAUGUCUCAUUUUGAACAAUAAAUGAAUAAUGUUCCGA